CUCUAUUCACCCAUAUGUCCACAUGGUACCGUGGAGCUGAACUCCUUUGAAGGAAAUGGCGAGCAGCCGAGGGGUCUCGUUUCCACCACCUCAAGCCAUCGCGUCCGUGCAACAUCGUAUGUUUCAGCUGCAUGCACGUUCGCAACGCCUUUUCGGCUAUAGAGGUUAGCCAUUCCUGUCUCAUAUCGGCACGUCCGAACGCUCGUGAGCUCCGCCACUCGCCUUUUACCUCGCUUUCUAGCCCUCUACACAACGCCCACCUGCAUCGUUGAUAUCUACAGGGAUAGCGCGUCACAUACUCUAAACAAUCCUGGGCGCGUUCAUUACCACUACCGCCAAAAUGUUGAGUAAGCUCGGCACCAAAAUCGCCCUGCAACGAGCUGGGUUGGGCAACCUAUCUCUCCCCAAAGACAAUCCUUUUGCCGGUGGCAAUACGAAAGGCGCACAACAAGACGGUGCUGCAGGAGGAAACGGAGGCUUCGCUAAUCCCUUCGCAAACGUGCAAUGGGGCGUGCCCAAGGCUUUCGCAUCAUGGACAACCCCUCCACCGCCUGAGACUACCGUGAGAGCGGCACCUAUGCUUGGAGAGAAGGCGCCGACGAACGCAAAGCUCGCAUUCCCCGCUGCCGAUGGGCGGCCUUGUUUUGUGCUGUUUUUAAGGUACUGCGGGUGUCCAUUCACAGAGAAACUCUUCCUCCAGCUUCGAAGCCUCGCGAACCGAUAUAAUAGUAUACGCUUUGUCGCCGUGUCUCACUGCACGCAAGCCGCAACAGAUGCCUGGCUGAGAACGCUCGGCGGAGCCUGGCAUGUCGAUGUUAUAGUCGAUCAGACUCGAGAGCUUUACGCAAUAUGGGGCUUGGGGAUAUCCAACUGGGGACACCUACUACACCCCAGGAAUGGAUAUAAUCAAAUCCUCCUAGGCAAGAAGGAGGGGGUGUGGGGACAGCAGGUUGGAGAAGGGGGAUGUAGAUGGCAAGUUGGAGGCACGUAUGCGGUAGAUGCACGAGGAAUUGUGAAUUGGGGUGGUCCAAUGCAGAGUGUGGAUGAGGCGACACCGCUCGAAUAUGGGAUCAAAGCUCUGGGAUACUGAAAGCCACAGAUUGGUGUUACGUUCGGGCACCUCAAUAUUCGAACACGUCUGCUGAGCAGUAUAGGAUUCGAUCUAAACAUGUGAAGUCAGGUAGGGCUAGCUCCAGUCCGUUCUCAUGUGGAAAAUCGAGGUCUUCACAUGCUAGGCUCGCUAAUGUCUAGAUUUACAACUUAGCCACGAAGGAGUUGUAUAAACGAAUCGAGACGCACUUGACUAAGUACAGUGGUCAGUGUAAGACGAAGUAAAGAAACUUACUACUGAGCUACUGGUCGCAUGUUUGACUUGUAAUCAUGUUUGAUUGACUAGAUGAGUCCUCGGUACCCCACCUUCCCCUAAAGCCGGAGUUUAGAAGCGAAGAAACUUUUCCACUAAACCAGCAAAACCAACUCCAGCUGUCUUCUACUGGAGAUGGCAAUAACGUCGUCC